AUUUUAAACACUGAUUUCUAUUUGUAGGUGUUUCAAAGACGCUGGAAUGGGUCUGUUGACUUCAACAGGAAUUUUGUGGAGUACGAGCAGGGGUUUGGCUCACUGGAUGGUGAAUUUUGGAUGGGUCUGGGCCUUCUUCAGUCCAUAACAAGCCGGGCUAACAUGACCUUACGUAUGAACAUGAGUUAUCCAGAUGGAACUACUGGAUUCGACGAGUACUCGGGGUUUCUUAUUUCUCCAGACCAAUACAACAUAAGCGUUGAAAGGAGGAUCGACUCAGCAGGAAUGUCCGGUUCCUAUAUCCUCUCCAACAGUGGUGAUUUUUGGGCUAUCAACCACCAGCCGUUUUCAACAUACGAUAGGGACGUGGACCAGUGGUUGUCUGGCAACUGUGCCCGAAACAAUGGAGGAGGCUGGUGGUACAAUUUUUGCGCGCACAGUAACCUGAAUGGACAGUACAAUAGUAGCUGGUUUCAUUACUUUUCCUUCCAACGGUACACAACGUUGAAGACGUCAACUAUGAUGCUACGACUGAGUAAUUAAGAUCGCAGUUCGGCUGAUUAAAGUAUGUCCGAAAAUGACAUCUUCCACGCAAUUCAUUUCUUUUAUUAACACCAAUAGUUCAUUAUUUCUGUCAAGAACUGUUAAGAACUA